AUGGCGCCCAGAGUAAUUGUCGUUGGCGGCGGCUUGUCCGGACUGAGCGCUGCGCACACCAUCUAUCUCGCUGGAGGAAACGUCGUUGUUCUUGACAAGCAAGGCUUCUUCGGCGGAAACUCCACAAAGGCCACCUCCGGCAUCAACGGCGCCCUCACCAGGACGCAGGUCGACCACAAGAUCCAGGACAGCGUCAAGCAGUUCUACGAUGACACCCUCAAGUCCGCCCGUGACAAGGCCCGGCCCGACCUCAUCAAGGUCCUCACCUACAAGUCCGCCGCCGCCGUUGAGUGGCUGCAGGACGUCUUCAACCUAGACCUGACUCUGGUCUCUCGGCUAGGUGGCCACUCACAGCCGAGAACUCACCGUGGCCAUGAUGCCAAGUUCCCCGGCAUGGCCAUCACAUACGCCCUCAUGCAGAGGCUAGAGGAGCUGGCCGAGACCGAGCCCGAGAGAGUGCAGAUCAUCAAGAAGGCUCGCGUCACGAAGCUGAACAAGGAGGGCAACACAAUCACCGGUGUCACAUACGAGUUUGGCGGCGAGGAGGCCACAGUCGACGGCCCCGUCGUCCUGGCCACUGGUGGCUACGCCGCCGACUUCAGCGACAGCUCCCUGCUGAAGAAGUGGCGCCCAGACACCUUCGGCCUGGCCACAACCAACGGCGCACACGCUACGGGUGAUGGCCAGAAGAUGGUCAUGGCCAUUGGUGGAAACGGCAUCGACAUGGACAAGGUCCAAGUCCACCCCACAGGUCUGGUCGACCCCAAGGACCCCGGGUCCAAGUGGAAGUUCCUGGCCGCCGAGGCCCUCCGUGGUGAGGGCGGUCUGCUGCUGAACGCCGACGGCGACCGGUUCUGCGACGAGCUCGGCCAUCGCGACUACGUGUCGGGCAUGAUGUGGAAGGAGAAGGACAAGGGCAAGUUCCCGAUCCGCCUGAUCCUCAACUCCAAGGCGUCCAACACGCUCGACUUCCACACGCGCCACUACUCGGGCCGCGGCCUCAUGAAGAAGAUGACCGGCGCCCAGCUGGCCAAGGAGAUCGGCUGCUCGCCCGACCACCUGCAGAAGACGUUCACCACGUACAACGCCAUCGCCGACGGCAAGCAGAAGGACCCCUGGGGCAAGAAGUUCUUCCACAACAUGCCCCUCGACAUUGACGACGACUUCCACGUCGCCCUCAUGGAGCCCGUCCUGCACUUCACCAUGGGCGGCAUCGAGAUCAACGACAAGGCCCAGGUCCUCAACUCCGAGCAGAAGCCCUUCGACGGCCUCUUCGCCUGCGGCGAGCUGGCUGGUGGCGUCCACGGCGCCAACCGUCUCGGCGGUUCCUCCCUGCUGGGGUGCGUCGUCUACGGCCGUGUGGCGGGUGAUACCGCCUCCAACUACCUCUUCCAGCAGGCGCUGAAGGGUGCUGCCGGCGGCGGCGCCGCCCAGCGUCUCGGCCAGAUCUCGCUGCACCUGGACCCCUCUACCCCGGGCAAGAUCUCCGUAGAGUGGGGCUCCGGCGCCGGAUCGUCCUCGUCCUCGUCAGGCGGCGGCGGCGGCGGCUCCACCCAGCAGCAGCAGGACUCCACCUCGGCGGGGCCGACGCCCUCGUCGGAGGAGGGCAAGGCGACGGCGGGCAAGCCGAAGCCCAAGGCGUUCAAGAUCCCGGAGACGGAGUACAGCAUGGAGGAGGUGGCCAAGCACAACAAGAAGGACGACCUGUGGGUGGUGGUCAAGGGCGUGGUGCUGGACCUGGGCGGGUGGCUGGACGAGCACCCGGGCGGGCCGCAGGCCAUCAUGAACUUCAUGGGCCGCGACGCCACCGAGGAGUUUGAGAUGCUGCACGACGACGAGGUCAUCCCCAAGUACGCCCCCGAGCAGGUCAUUGGCCGCGUCAAGGGCGUCGAGCCCACGCUGGAGCUAUAA